UCCACAUAAUGCCCGAGACUAGCGGAAUCUAGCGAGUCUAGGUUUAGGACACGCGAAUUUGUCGGAAACUCGCUGACUCGCUAGGUACCUAAUGUAGCUCGCUAAAUCCUCGGUCCAUAAAGUAUUGUACCUAUAUCCCGUACCCCCAUGCACGUGCUUAUCAAAGAUCUAAUCGAUAAGAUAUGAGGCUAGCCAAGCUGCCAAGCUAUGACUUCUUUGCGGGUUCAAGAUGGAGUUUUACUAUUACCUAAAUGCGAUUAGAAACAUGAGCGCGAAGUCGAAGUCGCAGGUCAACUUAUUCAAAUCUCAUCUAUUAUAAGCACUCACAAGCAAGACGAGUGACACGCGCCACGGUUUCUUCAACAUGUCUUCGAAAACUCACGGUGUUACCAACCCAAAGCCCUCUGGCGCAACGGGCUGGUUGACCAUACCAGCUCCCUUAGCUCGACUCUUUAAGAAAUUUCCUCUCUUAACAUAUCCUCCCAACGAGCUUCCUAUUCGUUCACCUAGAGUUAGAGAUGUAGCGACUUUAUACGUCUUUAUAUCUGAUCAAGAUGCCCUGAGUGGCUUACCUAGCUUUAAUCCAUCUUGUCUCAAAUGGCAAACAUUUCUCAAGCUGGCCGGGGUCGAUUUCCAAUUAAUACCCUCAAAUAAUCACGCUUCACCAACAGGCGCAUUGCCAUUUCUGAUGCCUUCGUCGAGUCCUAACAGCUUCGCUGCACCUUUACCUAUACCGUCCAACAAACUAGAACAAUAUGCAGCUGAAAGUGGCACACACAAGAUCUCCGAAGUCCCAAGCUUGAAGCUUGAAGCUUACGAAUCAUUGCUCGAUCACCGCAUACGGAACGCAUGGCUCUACUCUUUAUAUCUAUCCCGCCCAAACUCCGCCCUUCUUUCGCGCCUCUACGUCACACCGGUUUCCGCAUCGCAAAUCGUGAAAGCGACAACCCUAUACCAAUUGCGCCAUGCGGCGGAGGAUCAGAUAUCAAGAUCCAUAGGCACGCCAGCUGUUGAUUCGAAAAGGCUAUAUGAUGGGGCGAGGGAAGCCUUUGAAGCCUUAUCAACGGUACUAGGCUCAGGGGAUUGGUUCUUUGAGGCGCCAGAGCCAAGUCUAUUUGAUUCUACAGUGUUCAGUUAUACCCACCUUUUACUCGAUCAGGGACUAGCAUGGGAAGAUCGGAGGCUUACUGAAAUCGUAAGCGAGUUCCCAAAUCUAGUCGAACACCGCAACAGAAUAUUACAGAAAUGUUGGGGCCAGGGCUUGGGUUGAAAUCGCAAACAACGGUAUUCAAAGACAAACUAUUGCGUACAUCAUACAGUUCUAUAACGAACUAAUAGACGUUGAUCAAGGGCAUGUACGAAUUCACGAGAUAUGAAGAUAGACAAUAUACCCCCUCUAAGUCUUGGUGGCAUAUAUUAAAC